GAAAAACCUGAAAUUGCAGGGCAGUAGAUCUCCAGAACUGACGCUAAGAAACCCUUGAAUAAAACUUUACAGCUGCUGCAAUCUCUUAAGAUGGCAUUCUUCCAGAAAUUAAUUAAAAAGAUAACAGACAAGACGAGUGAUAAUAACACGGAUAACAAUUCUUCCAAAGGAAGUGGCAAGCCUUAUUUUGGAACCAUCAAGCCUGAUCCUAACUUCAAUGCCAACAGAGAUGCUGCUGCUUUGCAGAAAGCAAUCGAAACCAGGGGUGUGGAUGAGAGUGCUAUUACGGAGGUUCUAGCAAGAAGAACCAAUGCACAAAGACAAGAAAUCAAAGCAGCAUAUGAACAUGACACAGGAAAGGACCUGAUAAAGACAUUAAAAUCGUCUCUGAAGUCUCACUAUGAAGAUGUGGUCUUGGCCCUACUUAUGACUCCAGCUCAGUAUGAUGCCCAUGAGCUUAGAAUGGCUUUAAAGGGUUUAGGAACCAAUGAACAAGUCCUGAAUGAAAUUCUGGGUACCAGAUCAAACAAGGAGAUUGAACAGAUAAAAGCUGCCUUCAAAAAUGCUUAUGGAGAAGAACUAGAGAAUGAUAUCAAAGGUGACACGACUGGAAACUUUGAGACUGCCCUGCUUGCCCUGUGCAAGGGUAGAAGAAAUGAGGAUUCUUCUGUUGAUGAUGGGCUUGCAAAAAGUGAUGCAAAGGCUCUAUUUGAAGCUGGGGAGAAAAAAUUAGGAACUGUGUGUUCAGUUUUUAUUGAUAUUCUCACAUCCAGAAGUGAUGCUCACCUGUGCAAAACUUUUAAGCAUUACGAAAAGCUUAGUGCAGAGGGUUUUGCGAAAGCAGUGGAGAGUGAACUGAGUGGAGACAUUGAGGACUUUGUCAUGACCUUGGUAAAAGCAGCCUGGAACAAGUCUGCAUACUUUGCUGAAAGAUUGAAUCAGGCAAUGAAGGGUGUAGGAACAAACUGCGACACACUGACUAGGAUCAUAGUGAGCCGUUCAGAAGUGGACUUGCAAAAAAUUAUGCAGGAGUACAAAAGGAUGUAUGGCAAGCCCCUUCAGCAAGAUAUUCUUGCAGAAACCAAAGGAGAUUAUGAGAAAAUUCUGCUGAUGCUCUGUGGAGACCAGUGAACAAGAUUAUUUUCGUGGUGUACACAUGGGAACACAUGAGAAUAAUAUACACUAUUACUAACAAUAAUUA